CCAUGCAGUAGCCACAGGCCCCCUUCUCGUAUCACUUCUCAUCGCCAGCCUGGAGCUCGUUAUAAUAAUUAUAACCGAUUGAACGUCUGGUUACGUUGUUGAAUCGCCGUAUCACUCAACAUCCAACAGCAACCUGAGCAUCGGCGCUUUUCGCGGUACUACCAACUUCCCAAAGACAGUAUCCAGCGGAUAUUGUCGUCAUUUGCACGAUCGCAUCCCGCGGUGUUCAGUAAUUUAAUAAGCAACGAUGAUGCCGAUUGCGACCAAGAAUGGGGAGCCGUUCUCACCAACCAAAAUUCACCCGCUCCUGUCUCCACAAAGGCCGCGGGAUAACUUCUCCGCCGUUAACGCCGCCGAUGUAUCAUCAAUAAAUCUCACUCAAUCUGCUUCAUCUCCGCAGCCUCCGCAGACGAGUGUCUACUUGCCUCAAGGCCCCAAAGAUAAUGCCUCUUCGGUAGCAACGACAGAACUAGUCGGUGCGCCCGCUGCCUCCGACUCGAUAGCAUCCUUUGCGACACCGGACGAGUCACUUCGGAACGAACAUUCGGCUGUUGUCAGCAACUCGUCGUCAAUCGAAAACCUCACAGUCCUGCCACAGUUGCCAUCUUUUGGUGAGCACCGCAUCCGGAAGCAUCGCAAGAACGCAGCUUCGUUCGAUUCGGCCGUACCCCGCCAGACGAUCCUCAAGGCCCUACAAUCACGACCACCAACGUCACAGUCGAUCGAUUCCGUGGUCAUGGAGGACAAGAAAAGCGCUACAGAGGGCAAGACCCAGCGAUCAAAGAGCAUCACCCACAAAGCGCUCGCCGAUGCGCUUUCUGAGCUCAACUUGUCUUCAGGAGACCUCACCGUCAGCAAGAUGGCUGCACUCGCAUCGCCAUGCUUCUUCCACAAGAAAUUCGACAAGGCCGUGAACCUUGAGAAAGUAUUGGAGGAAAUCGCAGAUGACGAUUCGAUAUCACAUUCGAGGCUCAUGCAGACGGCCUUCAGUGUGCGCGAAGUUUCCAAACAGCUUCAGCGUCGGCCGAUUAAGAUGACAGUGCGCAAUGUCAUGAUUGUCACAAAAGCGCGCGACAACGCCUUAGUAUAUCUCACUCGGGAGUUGGCAGAGUGGUUGCUCACAACUCCGCGAUAUGGGUCAGAUGUGGGAGUGAACGUCUACGUGGACUACAAGCUGCAAAGAUCGAAACGGUUCGAUGCGGCUUCGCUUGUAGCCAAAGAUAAGCGUUUCGAGCAAUCUCUCCGCUACUGGACUCCAGAUCUCUGCUGGGAGACACCAGAGAAAUUCGACCUCGUCCUCACACUUGGUGGUGACGGUACAGUCCUCUUCACAUCGUGGCUGUUUCAGCGCAUUGUCCCGCCAAUCCUCUCCUUCUCGCUCGGUAGUCUUGGAUUCUUGACAAAUUUCCAAUUUGAGCAGUACAAGGAAGCGCUCAGCAAGAUUAUGGGCGAUGCCGGCAUGCGCGUAAAUCUGCGCAUGCGUUUCACCUGCACAGUCUACAGGUACCAGAAGAACGCAGCCCCUGGUUCACCCCAGCACAUCGAGGCUGAGCAAUUCGAAGUCCUCAACGAGCUUGUCAUUGACCGCGGCCCAUCGCCCUACGUCUCCAACCUCGAACUGUACGGUGACAACAACCUACUCACCGUCGUACAAGCAGAUGGCUGCAUCUUCUCCACCCCCACCGGCUCAACGGCAUACUCGCUCUCUGCCGGUGGCUCGCUCGUACACCCCGACAUCCCCGCAAUCCUCCUCACACCAAUCUGCCCGCACACCCUCUCCUUCCGCCCCAUGCUCCUCAACGACAGCAUGCUCCUCCGCAUCGCUGUGCCCCUCAAGUCGCGCGCAACUGCCUACUGCGCUUUCGACGGCAAGGGCCGCGUCGAGCUCCGCCAGGGCGACCACGUCACCAUCGCUGCCUCGCAGUAUCCCUUCCCCACCGUCCUGUCGCAACCCACCGAGUGGUUCGACAGCAUCAGCCGCACACUCCGCUGGAAUAACCGCGGCGCUACACAGAAGGCGUGGGACGGCGACGAGGAAGAGGAACAUGGCGAUGAAGCCGAAGCCGCGUUCGAUAUCGAUAUCGACAAUGAUGAUAUUGAUCGCGAUUCGGGGUAUAGCGCCGAGGGCUCGACGGCGGACGGCCGUGGGAGUCCAAUGAGGAAGGGUGUCGUGCUGCCUUUCUUGUAAGCGCGCAGGAUAUGUUUACACCUUGUGAGUCGUUCAGUUUUGGCGCUGACAGGCGUUUUGGCAUCUUGGAGCGAGCUUUUCGCCUUUCUACUUCUAUCACCAACCACGUUUUGGGUAUCGGCGAGUGCUUCGCUGCUUGGGCAGGUCCCAGUGGUUUUGAGCCCUUGUUGAGGGCUGAGGAGUUGUUUGUGCGUCGUGUCCGUUGAGUUGGACGUUCUUAUCUCGUUGGGGAUGGUGUAUAGCUGCUAUGUUGUGCUAAGUUGAGGGCAGCUGUUGGUUAACGGCCGUGGAGCGUCAUCUACGAUAUCCUAUACCGUCAUGUAGAUACUUGACCUAGAAAUUUAUUUGGGGCCUUUGGCUUC